AACCGUCAACUUUUUGCCAGUUCGGUUUAUUAUAAAACGGCAGAGAAUAGUUCGGUUGCAUCAGUAAUCCAACAUGUUUCGAUUAACGAUCAUCGCCUGUUUGCUAUAUUUCGGUGCAGUCGCGAACGCGAACUGGUACGAUAACGCCGUCGUGUACCAGGUCUACCCGAGAAGCUUCAAGGACAGUAAUGGGGACGGUAUCGGUGACUUGAACGGUAUCACUAGUAAGUUGGAGCAUAUAGCUGACAUCGGCGCGCAAGUAGUAUGGCUGUCGCCGAUCUACACGAGUCCACAGGUCGAUUUUGGCUACGACAUCGCAAAUUUCACGGACGUCGAUCCGAGUUACGGUACCCUGGCCGAUUUCGACCGGCUCAUAGCCAAGGCUAAGUCCCUCGGGCUUAAAGUGAUACUGGACUUCGUUCCGAACCACAGUUCUCACGAACAUCCUUGGUUCAAGAAGAGUAUCCAAAGGAUCAAGCCCUACGACGAGUAUUACGUCUGGCGGGAUGCCAAGAUCGUGAACGGGACGAGGCAGCCGCCGAACAACUGGCUGAGUAACUUCCAGGGUUCUGCCUGGGAAUGGAACGACGUCAGGAAGCAAUACUACCUGCAUGCGUUCGCCGUCGGUCAACCGGAUCUCAACUACCGCAGUGCGCUCUUGAAUCAGGAGAUCAAGAACGCGUUGACCUUCUGGUUGAACCGUGGCGUCUCUGGUUUCCGUAUCGACGUUAUUAACCAUCUGUUCGAGGAUGCAGGUUUCCGUGAUGAGCCGAGCGCCAACAGGACCGACAUCCCCAAAGACGACUAUGACAGUUUGAUACACAUUUAUACCCAAAAUCUGCAUGAAAGCUACUUGGUUUUGCAGAGCUGGAGGGAACUGUUGGACAAUUUCACGAGCAAAACUAAUACCGAUCAUAAGUUGCUCCUUACGGAAACUUACGCAGCGCAAAAUUACACGAUUAAGUAUUACAGUUACGGUUCGAUCCCGUUCAACUUCAUGUUCAUUGUGAAUUUAAACAAUCAAUCGACCGCUGCGGAUUUCGCGACAAAGAUCAACGAUUGGAUCGACGCUAUACCAAGCGGGCACGUGGCUGACUGGGUCGUGGACAAUCACGACAAUCAUCGCGUGGCCGCAAGAUUCGGCACUAAACGGGCUGAUCAGAUCACGAUGCUGUCGAUGAUGCUGCCCGGCAUCUCAGUUGUUUAUUAUGGCGACGAAAUUGGGAUGGAGGACAGAUUUUUCACGUAUGAGGAGACCGUCGAUACGGCUGGCUGCAACGCCGGUCCGGAAAGGUACUAUUUGAAGUCCAGAGACCCUGCGAGGACACCGUUCCAAUGGGACAACACUACCAGCGCUGGGUUCUCCACUAGUCCAAAAACUUGGCUGCCGGUUAACUCUAAUUAUAAAACGUUGAACCUGGCCGCGCAAAAGGUGGCCGAAGUUUCUCAUUACAAAGUAUUCAAGGCAAUGGUCGCUCUUAAAAAUAGCAGCGUGCUCACGAAGGGAAGUGCAGAAGUCUCCGUCUUGAAGAACAAGGUUCUGGCGGUCGUUCGUCAAUUGGGACGGAAAUACGCUUUGCUGCUCACUAACGUCUCCAACUUGCCUGUCACUGUAAAUAUUAAAACCACUUUGGAUCUUCCCAACGAUACUAUCCUUCAGGUUUAUACAGCAAGCAUUGGUUCGGACAUUUCUCCUGGUUCGUUGGUCUUCGGAAACGCUGUGACUGUUCCUGGAUCUGCAUCUAUUGUGGUCAUUGCCGCUUAAUCAGAUCAUAAUUGAAAUUGUUCGAACGACCGGCUCAGCCGAGCGCGAGUUUGUCUGCUAGGCUUGCUAUCGCCACCAUCGUUUUUUAAUAAAUAGAGUGGUAGAUAAAAUGUUAAAUAUUAUUUUUGCUAACACGUGUGAUAAUGACGAAUUAUAUUAUAUAUGUGA